AUGCCCGAGUGGGUCGGCCGGGCAGAGUGCGCUAUCCCGGCCACGGGAGUCCCAGCAGCACCUCCGCUUGACACGGCCGCCAUCUUCUCGCCUCUCUGCGGGAACAACAAGCAGCCUCUACGCAGCGCGCGCACGCCCCCGCCCUGCGUCACUUUACGUGCAGCGCUCCUUCGCAGCGCCCUCUCUAGGACGAAGUUGAGAAACAAAAUGCUGCUCGGGAGUCUCUGGAAAUCUCGAUAUAAAACUACUUUUGGAACUGCUGCUGGAUUCCUGCUGUUUUUGUGUGUGGCCCUGUUGGCUAGCGGUAGCGGUGCUCUGGGCGAAACCAAAAACGUGAUCCAGAAAGACGGAGAGUUUGAUGUUACCUACAACGACACAGUUACGAGUGAAAAUCAGACCAUCUAUGCUUUCAAUCACACAGUCUCCAGAACCAAGACCGAAGGCGUACGUGUAUCCGUCGAUGUCCUGUCGCAGAACCACAAAAGUCCCAUCCUGUUUGUGGUGCGACAGAAGCAAGCUGUGCUCUCCUUUCAGGUCCCCCUCAUCCUCAGAGGCCUAUACCAGAGAAAGUACCCGUACAAUCAUUUAGGCCGCACAUUAUGCCAGCCUCCGACACGGGCUGCAUCAGAGACCCAGUACUUCUUUGUGGAUGUGUCAACACUUUCCAGCCAGGGUACUAACUACCAGCUUAGAGUCAGCCGAGUUGAAAGCUUUACAUUGCAGACAGACACAACAUUCAGCUUCACUGCAUCGCCGUCUCAACCUCAGUACUUCAAGUAUGUAUUUCCUGAAGGGGUGGACACUGUGAUUGUGAAGGUCAGCUCAGACAUGAAUUUUCCCUGCUCUGUUAUGUCCAUCCAGGACAUCCAGUGCCCUGUUUAUGACCUCGACAACAACGUAGCCUUCAUUGGGAUGUAUCAGACUAUGACCAAAAAAGGUGCCAUCACAGUGCAGAGAAAAGAUUUCCCUAGCAACAGUUUUUAUGUGGUGGUAGUGGUAAAAACAGAAGACGAGGCCUGUGGUGGACCAUUGCGCUUCUACCCAUUACGCCCAGAUGAGCUGAUCGAUGCCGGUAACCGCAGCAAAACCCUCAAUGUUGUGGUCUCCCCGGCUAUAAAAUCGGAGGUAUAUGUGAUGGGCAUGCUGUUUUGUCUGGGUAUUUUCCUAUCUUUCUACCUGCUCACUCUACUGGUGGCCUGUCUGGAGAAGAAACGAGCCAAGAGGAGGGAAACUUUCCAGAAUAUUGUUGACACAUCACCUGCUGAGACAGCUUCUCUGCUUGGGAAAAACACAGAUGGCAAGAUUGCAGCUUCACCUAAUGAAUAUGGCUCCCUUGACAGCACCGUCAGUUCAGAAGCAAUCACUGAAAGUGCUCCCUCAAUAGACAGUGCCACUUCAGCUGACAACUACAUGGAGCGGUCUGGUUGGAAAAAUAUCGGAAGAACAAGACAGGAGUCAUUGAGCUCCAUAGAGGAGGAUGACUAUGACACACUGGAUGACAUCGACUCAGACAAAAACAUUGUUCGCACGAAGAAGUACCUUUGUGUGUCUGACCUGUCGCGCAAAGACAAGAGGGUGCUGAGCAAGAAAUAUCAAAUCUACUUCUGGAACAUCGCUACCAUUGCUGUGUUCUAUGCUUUACCAGUUGUCCAGCUGGUCAUUACAUAUCAAACGGUUGUCAAUGUCACCGGGAAUCAGGAUAUCUGCUACUACAACUUUAUGUGUGCCCACCCUCUGGGGGCACUAAGUGCUUUCAACAAUAUCCUCAGCAAUCUGGGCUACGUGAUGCUGGGCCUCCUCUUCCUCCUCAUCGUUCUGAAGAGAGACAUCGUCCAUAAUCGAGCCCUAGCCUGUAGUGAAGUCAAUGCGCUGGAAUGUGGCAUUCCAAAGCACUUCGGUCUCUUCUAUGCUAUGGGCACUGCUUUAAUGAUGGAGGGCCUACUCAGCGCCUGCUACCAUGUUUGCCCCAACUACACCAACUUCCAGUUUGACACAUCCUUCAUGUAUAUGAUUGCUGGUCUGUGUAUGCUGAAGCUGUACCAGAAACGACACCCUGACAUCAAUGCCAGUGCUUACACCGCUUAUGCCUGCCUGGCAGCAGUCAUCUUCUUCUCAGUGCUUGGAGUGGUGUUCGGGAGAGGAAACACUGGGUUUUGGAUCGUUUUCUCAGUCAUCCACAUAUUGGCCACACUUCUCCUCAGCACGCAGCUAUACUACAUGGGCAGGUGGAGGCUUGACUCGGGCAUUCUGCGCAGGAUGGUUUAUGUGGUCUACACAGAUUGCAUCAGACAGUGCACCGGGCCCAUGUACAUUGAUCGCAUGGUUCUGCUUGUGAUGGGGAACAUAGUAAACUGGUCCCUGGCUGCUUACGGUCUGAUUGAGAGACCUAACGACUUUGCAUCCUACCUGUUGGCAAUCGCCAUUUGUAACCUUCUCCUGUACUUUGCCUUCUACAUCAUUAUGAAGCUACGCAGCGGAGAAAGAAUCCAGUGUCUGGCACUGGUGGCUAUUGUCUUCACAGCUGUGGUGUGGGCCUUUGCGCUCUAUUUCUUCUUCCAGGGUCUCAGCACAUGGCAGAAAACACCGGCAGAAUCACGCGAGCACAACAGAGACUGCAUCCUCCUUUCCUUCUUUGAUGACCACGACAUUUGGCACUUUCUCUCUUCUAUUGCCAUGUUUGGAUCCUUCCUGGUUUUGCUCACAAUGGAUGAUGACCUCGACACUGUCCAGAGGGACAAGAUCUACGUUUUCUAG